CCCGAUGGGCUGACAUCCUCUCCCCUUGGUGUGAGCUGAGUUGAGUUGCAGGAAGUUAUUUUAAGGGGCGUGCCUGUCACAGCUGUUGUCUCAGUCACUAGAGUCCUGUUGGACCCUCUUCAUUUCUCUCUCCCCGCUGGACCUGGUAAGUGGCUGUCCCAUAGUCUUUUACAUACUGUUCAGGUACAGAAAUGACAUGUUAAGUUUGAGUUUUUGGUGGUCUUAGUGCUGUGUUCCUGGCCUGUUUGGAGAUGAUGGUUGGUAAAAGAAAGCUGCUUCAUGAUAUGUGGUGACAAUGUUUCUUGCCGUUACUGUCAAGUCAUAGUGACAAAUUUGUUGUUCUAGUGCGACAUGUGUAAAGAUAAAUAUUCUGUACCAUUGUGGUGCAUUGAGUUGGUGGUAAAGUUUUCUGCCUUGUUGAUUUGGCCUGAAGUCACAUUGAAUUAUUCAAACACUGACGACAAGUGUUUUUUGAUGUGCGUUCUUAAUUCAACAUCAUCAUCAGAGGUGAUUAUCUGUUCUAAAUCAUCAACUGAAACACACCGUCGUUUAGAAAAUACAUGUAAUCUCAUCAGUUGUAUUAACAGCUAACACAGAAUGAAGGCAGACAUUCAGAACAAAAUGUCAACUCUGUUUUCCCCACUUCCAGGUAAAAGUGCCAUCAUUGACAUCAGUAGAUACGUGUCUAGAAUACAAAAUAGCUUGACCAUAUUUAGAGGCUCCUAAAAUAGAGCGAAGCCUCAGAACAGGUGCCAUGUGCCUGCCCGCUGGAAGCAGGGAGGGGGAAGGGGGCUGCAGGGGGGGGACUAGGGCUAAUUUUAUCCUGAUAAGCAGGGGGCAAUCAUGUUGCAAUAGAGCUGGGGGAUAAACAACCUCUGGAUGCUUUAAGUUCAUUCCGUAUUAAAUGAAAUGGAGAAGUGGGAAGGGAGCCUGCUGGGCCUGAUGUCUAUUUGUGACAGGGCAGAUUUAAAUCCUCACAGUGUUAUUGUGUCCUGACUCCUGACAGGCUACUGGGUUUUGUGCUAUUUUUCACCAGCCCUAGUGAUUUGUACCACAUGCAUCAGACUGAAAGUUACUUUGCUUGGAAGUAAUACUCUAACUAGUAUGAGGACAAACAGGAGCUUGAACUUCAGAUUAAACAUUAGAAAUUUAAAUAUAUUAGAUUUCUUUCAAAUAUUGUUUACCUUUUAGUCUAACAAAAAUAUAUUGCUGUUUGGAGAUUUUGUUUUAGAUGUAGGCAGCUGGUACACAGGUACCUUUGAUUUUUUAUAAUGUUCAGUUUGUUUGUUUUAUAAUGUUUCUCUGUAUCUGCCACAUGGGUACUAGUAUGGGUACUAACAUCCUACAUCUCCGUCCCCUCUCAGCCACAUCUGUGAGAAUGGAGACCAACGUCCAGUCUGCUGCAGAGGUCAUUCCAGCCCAGACCAGUGUGACCCCACCACCGUCCCCAGUCACCACAGAGACCCAGGUCCCUCCACCCCAGGCCCAGGAGGCCCAGCACAUGGACCCAAUGGAGGAGUUUGGUCGUCAGCUGGAGGAGAUCAUCAACACCUAUGGCUCCGCAGCCAACCUGAUAGAGAAACAGUGCAUCGUCCUGGAAACUGAGGAUGUGGACGAGGAGGCCAGCAGAGAGCAAGGUGAUGAAGUCACAGCCACCAAGGACGCCAGCACAGGCAAGGACACAAAGAAGUUGCUGAAAGCCUUAGGUGAGAGGUUUUAGGGUCACUGUUUUGUUUUGUUUUCCUCAUGCAUUAUUUGGAUUGUGCAGUUUUGCUUUUAAAGACAACAUCCACACUGAUUUAUAUGGAAAACAUACAGUCAAGUCUUCACUAAUCCUUACAUUCAGCAGGAGAAUGGUUUUGUUUUUGACACAGCUGUGCUGUAAUCUGUUGUUGUUCGACAGCAGUUGCUGUGAGGGCAAAGACAGGGCAGUGUGCUGAUGAGAUAGCCCAGAGGAAAUAUGGUAGUCACAACUUAACAAGCAAUCAAUAGACAGAACAUGUAUCCCCAAAAAAUAUGGUAUAGCUACUGCUCCUGAGAAUAGAUCUCAUGGACUUAUUUUAAAAUAUAGAUUCAUUCAGAUGAUGCAUUCAUUCUUAAUCAGCAUUCAUUCUUAAUCAUCAUCAUAUCCUUUCCAAUCUAAGACAAAGUGCAUGUUAGUUUACACUUAAUCCCAUUCAUCAUCACUUAUCCACACAGGGAAGAGUAGACAAAAUAGAAGUGUCAUGCUGUUAUUGUUUCUUAACAUUACAGCAAGGUUGUGCCCCAUGGUCAGAUUCUGUUUUGAGGACAGGUUACACAAGUCCUGGGCAGAAGCAACACAAACAUGUAUUUUCUAACCAAUAGCAGACAGUUGGUUUCUUUGCCACAACAUGAAACCAGGCCAGCAAUGGAGGGUUAUAAACAUCUUGCUUACGCAUUUUCACCAAUUUGAUUUUAUUUGCUUUUCCAAAGCCAUAGGUGUCAAGAAGCAAUAGCUUUCAUGCUGGGGAAAUGGCUUCAGAAGAGUAUUUAUUUUGAAGAAAUUUAUAGAAUGAUCCUUGGUGGGCUUUUUCCAUCUUUAUUUUUUAAAUAUCAGUCCUACUGAAAACAAACAUUACAUGAUUUAUCUCUAUCAACACAGGAAAGGAGGGCAUGCUACUAAUGCAAAGUUUGAACAAGCUGCACACACCACAGGAGAAAUUGGAUGCUCUCCUCAAGAAGUAUGCCGAACUGGUGAGUGUUCUCUUCUCCCCUCUAUCAGCACACCAGAGAGUAGAGUCCUUCAGCACAGCAGUAACCAGCGGCAAUAAAACAGACGAGGGAAAGUUAAAAGGAAACAAAUAAAAACACACAAAUGAAUCAACGGGGAAAAACAGAGAGUGCCUGGUGAGAUCUUGGAAGUGGUUCAGCCUCAUACCGUGAUGACCUAAAUAUUCUGCGCCUCCGGCAGCAAAAGCGAAUCCGAACACAAGGUCAUAUGCCAUAUAAUACAGCUCGCUAUAACAUGGCUCUUUAAUUACUCGACAGAGAUAUCAGGAACACUAUGCAUUAUGAAUAAUAUUAUCAAAGACAUCAGCUAUCACAGUCAGUUACAUGUUUAAUAAAUGGAUAGUUCCUUAGGCCAUCCUACAUAUACAGUUCAUAGUAUCAACAGGAUAAGGAAACAGAAAAUCUAAAUAGAUGUCGAGUGUUGAGAUUAAACAAAUAUAUACCCAUCCAUCUCCACUCACCCAGCCAUACCAAAUCCUCUUAGGGCAUUUUUUCUUAUUUUAGUCACCCAGUCGGUUGUUGGCCAACAGCAGCUUAAAGAGCCCAAGUCUGUACAGAGCGCAGAGGCUGUGAUCCAGUGUAAUGUAUAUAGCACAUCUGUCUGCGUGGUCCACAGCUGGAGGAGCGUUGGGGGGAACAGAAGCAGCUGAGGUUCCUCCAGAAGAUGCAGGGCCACGUGGGGAAGGAGAGGGACCAGCUCCAGUACGAGCACAGCAGAGCCAUCCUGGCCCGCAGCAAACUGGAGAGCCUCUGCAGGGAGCUCCAGAGGCACAACAAGACCCUCAAGGUGUGUGAUCACUGCUCACUGCUCAGCUCAGCUUCAAUUAACACUACACUAAUCUAAUCAACAUAAUGGGCUCAAGACCCUUGAGGUGGGUUCUCACAGUCCAGUCUAACUCCACUUUACACUAAUCUACUCAACAUUAUGGGUUCAACACCCUCGGGGGGUGGGUGUUCAUAAGACCAACUAGGUUUUGAACCCGGGUUAUCCACAUGACGUAAGACUAUGUUAGCACAUUGAGCUAAAGCCUAUAGGCAUUAGCUCUGAAAGAAAGCAUGAAUCAGGUCUCAAGCAAGAUUACAUUCCAAAGUUCAAUUCAAUUUAAUUCAAAGUGCUUUAUUGGCAUGGGAAACAUAUGUUUACAUUGCCAAAGCAAGUGAAAUAGAUAAUAAACAAAAGUGAAAUAAACAAUAAAAUGAACAGUAAACAUUACACUCACAAAAGUUUCAAAGGAAUAGAGACAUUUCAAAUGUCAUAUUAUGGCUAUGUACAGUGUUAUAACGAUGUGCAAAUAGUUAAAGUACAAAAGGGAAAAUAAAUCAACAUAAAUAUGGGUUGUAUUUACAAUGGUGUUUGUUCUUCACUGGUUUCCCUUUUCUUGUGGCAACAGUUCACAAAUCUUGCUGCUGUGAUGGCACACUGUGGUACUUCACCCAAUAGAUAUGGGAGUUUAUCAAAAUUGGAUUUGUUUUCACAUUCUUUGUGUGUCUGUGUAAUCUGAGUGAAAUAUGUGUUUCUAAUACGGUCAUACAUUUGGCAGGAGGUUAGGAAGUGCAUCUCAGUUUCUACCUCACUUUGUGGCCAGUGUGCACAUAGCCUGUCUUCUCUUGAGAGCCAGGUCUACCUACGGCGGCCUCUCUCAAUAGCAAGGCUAUGCUCACUGAGUCUGAACAUAGUCAAAGCUUUCCUUAAGUUUGGGUUAGUAACAGUGGUCAGGUAUUCUGCCACUGUGUACUCUCUGUUUAGGGCCAAAUAGCAUUCCAGUUUGCUCAAUCUUUUGGUAAAUUCUUUCCAAAAUGUCAAGUAAUUAUCUUUUUGUUUUCUCAUGAUUUGGUUGGGUCUAAUUGUGUUGUUGUUGCUGUCCUGGGGCUCUGUGGAGUCUGUUUGUGCUUGUGAACAGAGCCCCAGGACCAGCUUGCUUAGGGGACUCUUCUCUAGGUUAAUAUCUCUGUAGGGGAUGGCUUUGUUAUGGAAGGUUUGGGAAUCGCUUCCUUUUAAGUGGUUGUAGAAUUUAACGGCUCUUUUCUGGAUUUUGAUAAUUAGCGGGUAUCAACCUAAUUCUGCUCUGCAUGCAUUAUUUUGUGUUUUACAUUGUAAACUGAGGAUGUUUUUGAAGAAUUCUGCAUGCAGUCUCAAUUUGGUGUUUGUCCCAUUUUGUAAAUUAUUGGUUAGUGAGUGGACCCCAGACCUCACAACCACAAAGGGCAAUGGGUUCUAUAACUGAUUCAAGUAUUUUUAGCCAGAUCCUAAUUGGGAUGUUGAAUUUGAUGUUCCCUUUGAUGGCGUAGAAGGCCCUUCUUGCCUUGUCUCUCAGAUCGUUCGCAGCUUUGUGGAAGUUACCUGUGGCACUGAUGUUUAGGCCGAGGUAGAUAUCAUUUUUUGUGUGCUCUAGGGCAACGGUGUCUAGAUGGAAUUUGUGGUCCUGGCAAGAGGACCUUUUUUGGAACACUAUUAUUUUUGUCUUACUGAGAUUUACUGUCAGGGCCCAGGUCUGACAGAAACUGUGCAGAAGAUCUAGGUGCUGCUGUAGGCCCUCCCUGGUUGGGGACAGAUGCACCAGAUCAUCAGCAAACAGUAGACAUUUGACUUCAGAUUCUAGUAGGGUGAGGCCGGGUGCUGCAGACUGUUCUAGUGCCCUCACCAAUUCGUUGAUAUAUUUGUUGAAGAUGGUGUGGCUCAAGCAGCAUCCCUGUCUCACCCCACGGCCUUGUGGAAAGAAAUGUGUGUGUAUUUUUGCCAAUUUUAACUGCACACACCUAUUCUACUACAGCUCAACCUCAGCCAACCCUAUAUUGUUGAAUGGCAGGGGUCCAGAUAGCUCAGUUUAUCCUCAGUCAACUCUUAUGGCGUAUUUCUACAAAGGACUUACCCCAGUGUUUACCCAAAAGGCUCAGACUUUUGUGUUUCCACCUCCUUGACCUGGCCCCAUUGUCUCAUCUUGCCAUGGUCUCAGUGGAACUGCUCUGACUUGCAGCCAAGGCUCUGGCCACUAGUACCUUUUUGGCUGGCAUUAACAUAACAAUGGCUAACUGUGAACAUGGGUUAACAACACCUUCCACGGUUAACACCUUCUCACAAAGAACUGUCUUGAUUGUUGUUGAUUCUGCUCUUCAAAAGUCUUUAGUGUCAGCCCUAGCUAUGUUUAAACACAGUUCCCAAAACAUAACACUAGAGCUCACAUUAACAUAAUCACUGGCGACACACUGGUGCUUUAUUGGAAAAAGCCCAUUACUGUAUGUUUGAUUAACUGAUCAAGUUUCUAUUGAUGUCUUGCUGUUGGUAGCUGUGAUUAUUGAAACUCAAAUAUAAAUAGACUUGAUGAGGGAAAUAAGACAUUAAAUGCAGGAGAGUCAAAAUGUUACUGUCAAUGCCUGUCAACUAUUCUCAUUGGGUAAAUCCAUUUGAAUUCAAUCACUUUUUGACAGCAUCCCUUUUGAUUUAAACAAAACUUUCAAUACAUGUUUGCCCAUGGAAGAAGUGGUCAGAAAGUGACUUUUUGGACCUGAAUGCCAAAACAUUCAGGAGAUAAAGGUGCUCAAAGUUGACCCAUUUUGCAUACCACACCAUACCAUGAGACAUCCAUGUCUCCAUCAUUGGAAAAAAUAAACGGUUGAGUUGGAUAUCACUUAAACGCUUACAAACAGGGUUGUCAAACUAUGUUUAAUUUCUUGAUUAUUAUUAUUAUUUUUAUUCGCAUAUGUUGUAGCUUAGACCCUACUUUACAUCAUCUGAGGUUUUUGUGUUGUGCCCGCCAUUGGUUGAGACACAACAUGCUCUUGAAUAGAUGGUGGGUGUCAUUUGCGCCACUCCUGAGUGGCGCAGUGGUCUAAGGCACUGCAUCGCAGUGCUAACUGUGCCACUAGAGAUCCUGGUUCGAAUCCAGGCUCUUUCGCAGCCGGCCGCGACCGGGAGACUCAUGGGCGGCGCACAAUUGGCCCAGCGUCGUCCAGGGUAGGGGAGGGAAUGGCCGGCAGGGAUGUAGCUCAGUUGAUAGAGCAUGGCGUUUGCAACGCCAGGGUUGUGGGUUCGAUUCCCACGGGGGGCCAGUAUAAAAAAAUAUGUAUUCACUAACUGUAAGUCGCUCUGGAUAAGAGCGUCUGCUAAAUGACUAAAAUGUAAAAUGUAAAUGUAAAUUUCAAUCAUAGAAAUAUAAUUAAUAGAGUGGAUCUAUCCCUUCAGACCACUGCAAUUUAGCUGGUACACCAUUGAAAUUGAAUUGAAAUUGUAACUUCUAAUUACUACCACAAAGACAGCCACCGAUCCACCCACCGUCGAAUUUCAACUUAAAUCUAUAUUUCUAUGAUUUCAAUAGGUUUCCUAUGGAGGAUUGACAGUUCAAUUUAAAACAACAAAUGUUCCCAUUCAAGGCAACAUUAUCUGAUGUGUAGACCUCCACCCAUCUUUCUGGUACCAUUUGAAAGUUGCAAUUUCUGUAUUCAAAAGCAUGUUGUGUCUCAACCGAUGGCAGGCACAACACAAAAACCUCAGAUUAUGUAAAAUAGGGUCUAAACUACAACAUCUGUGAAUAUGAAAAAUCAGAGUUCACGCGUGAUUUUCUUUUGCCGUUAAAGGUACAAAAUAAUUGACCAAAUGUAUAUUUACAUUUUUGUUUUUCAAGAAAUGUGAAAAUAGUUUGACAACCCUGUUUGUAAACUUUUAAAUGAUAUCAAUCAAUUUAUUUUCCAGUGAUGAAGACAUGGAUGUCUCAUCGUAUGGUGGGGUAUGCAAAAUAUGUCAACUUUGAGCACCUUUAUUUUUUGAAUGGUUUGGCAUGGGCAAAUAUGUAUGGAAGGUUUCAUUCAAAUUAAAAGGGGUGCUGUCAAAAAAAGAUUGAAUUCAAAUGGCUUUACCCCGCUGUAGAAAUGUGCUUAAAAAAACAAUUCUACUGGUAUUGUCAUUUGAAAAGUUGGAUGGUUAAAGCGGCCACUCCAAAACGCCUUGACUCUCUACCCUGAGUCAGAGGGAUCUCAAUGUGAGAGGGUCAUAGCUCAAUUAGCCCUUACAUGGUUGAGUGUCCUGUUACAUCUAUAAAUAAUAGAUUGACAUACGGUAUGUUUAGUCAUCCCAUUAUAAGUGGUUCGUCUGUAACAUUUCAAAGAAAGGGCAUGACCAACGGCACUACCUAAUUUGGGCAAAGGUCACAGGUUUAGCACAAUUAAAGAUUUCUAUUGUGAGUUGACACAUUGCCACUGCUGUUCUUCCUCUCAAAAGGUGAAACCUCUUCAGCUAAACCGUAGGUAUUGAUCAAGUUUAUCCCUUAAUCGACAUCAAUUAAACCACUGUUCACUUAUCCUUUGAUUCACAGGCAAUAGUUGUGUACACAGUUUAAUUAUUGGCUAUUUGAUUUGUUUAUGAAUCAUACAUCACCCUAUAAAUCAAUGGCAUAAUGCUCAAUGAUCUGUAAACAAAUGGUCCCUUUUUACUGGAUCAGUAUUCUAUCUAUUGUGUAACCCUUACACAAUCUCUGGGACAUAUUGAAUCUCCUGUUCUGCUCCCCUUGGGAGGUAAUUGGACUCCCUGUCUCUCUCCCUCUCUCCCCCUUGAGGUCCUCUGUCAUCUCUCACCGCCACAAGGCACUGUGUGUGUGUGUGUGUGUGUGAUUCACACUCAGGCCCUGGGAGGAGACCCCUCAGACACAGGGCACCGGUGAUGCGGCUCUCUGACAAGAGGGAUGGUUUCAUUGGGCGUUUGUGGCAUCUGCCCUUCGACUAUAAAUCAAAGGCGAGAGAAAGAGGCUCUAAUGCCUUGACCCCUCCAUCUCUUUCUGCUCCGUCUAACAUCUUCACAUUUCAAUAUAUAGAGGAAAUCAGGGAUUAUCAUUUGACUAUUGGGUAUAAUCGAUUAAUAUGCAGAUUUGUGUAAAUAGCCAGCUCUUUGUACAUCCUAAAUCAAACAAACAAUGUGCAAAAAUCUUAUUGUAAAGUAAACAUGAAUCCUACACGCUAACAAAAGUAAAUCAAAAUGUGCUGAUCUGAAUGGGAAUGUGACAGCUGUUGAAAGUGGAAGAUCAUGUCUUGUCAUCUGGUAGCGCCUUAUGUAAGAGAGAGUCUGAGGAGGCGUGGCAUUAAUGUGCUUUGCUGCUUCAGUGGUAAGAGCUCUGUCUUUGUGCACUUAUCGGCGGGUGUAGUUGAGUUACAGUACAUUUCCCAUGUUGGAGCUUAUGCCUGUGUUGUUUGUAAACACAGUCAAAUAAACAGCCAUGUCUUAAGAUAGAAACUCUGGCAAUGCUUGGUUCGCUUCUCAGUAACCUGAGUCUGGAAACUGGCAUUUCACAAUCCUGACCCCAGCAACAAAUUUUUUUUUGUGACUAACUUUUUAUUUACUUUUUUCUUAAAAACAUUUUUGGGGUGGGGUAUACAGGUACCAAAAAACAAUAAAAGAAAUACAUACAAAUAUAACCCCAACACUGUCGAUAAUUCUAAUGUUAUAACUUCUAAUAGUAACUGUAUGCACUGGUUAAAUGGGAGAGAAUGAGGUGGUUGUAAUCUUAAAGCCAACAUUUUUUUGGCCGCAAUGCUGUCUGCCAGCAGUAAUCUUCUCUGAUUGAUUGAGAGAUUCAAGGGGCUAUCAUCGUUAAGUAAGAUAAUAGAUGCAAAGCAUUGAAUAUUUAAAUUCAUGCACUUCUAAAUUAAUUUUGUAACUUUGCCCCAGAAGCAUUUAACUGCAGGGCACUCCCACAUCAUAUGAAAGGAAUGUGCCUACCUGAUUUCAGGACACAGUGAACAGUUGGGAGUAGGUGCCAAUUUAAUCGUAAAAUGUUUAAUGGGUGUUAAAUACAGUCAGUGAACAAACUUAAAUGUAUAAAUUGAUAGUUCGGAUUACGGAAUGCCAAGGUCAUAUUUUUCAAUAUUAAAGUUAAAGGGUUGUUCAGAUUCAAUUAGAUCUGUGGACCAUGAUUUUUUUAAUGGCUUGCUCAGAAUAUGAACUUUCCAAAAGUUGUUUAUAUAUUAUAGAGAUCAGUCCUUUCGGGAGGCCAGAUAAUUUAUUCAUAAAUCCCAUCAAUGGAUGGUUCGGUAGUUGGGUUACCAAGGGACUCCAUAGUUGUAAAUAUAAAUAAAAAACAUAGUUGUAAAUAUAGAAAAAAGGAGUUGCCUGGUAAUGUGUGUGUCUUUCAAAUCUUGGAAUGUUCUCAAACCAUUACUGUCCAUGAUAUCAGUAAGGGUACGGAUUCCCCAUUUGGACCAUUGGGGGGAUGCAAAAGGCCACCCUCCAGAUCGCAAGGCAUUGUUGUGAAAUAUUGGAGUAUGGGCAUGCCAUUUUGAUUCCAUUUUUUUAAAUCAAUUUUACGGAUGGGGUGAAAUGCUAGUGCCUGGAAAUACAAUUUACAUUUUUGUAUGGAUAGUCUUCCUACGUCUUUCUCUCUUUGUAAAUGUGUUAAUUUUAUCUGUGAUCAUUUACCUUCCCAUAUACAUUUUCAAACCACACUAUGAAUGUUAUCCCAAUAGCCAGAAGGGGAAGCCAUGGGAAGCAUUGAACUACAGAAAUUCAGCCUUGGCAAUAUAUUCAUUUUGACAAUAGAUAUUCUGUCGGUUAAAGAAACUUGGAUAUUAGUACAUCUACUGAGGUCGGAUUGAAUUGAUUUGAGCGUACUGUUAAAAUUUCUGGCAAUGGUUUUAUCUAAGGAAGGAAAUAUAUAUUUUCCCAAAUAUUUAAAAGUGGAGAUGGAGUCCUCCAUCGGAGUCUUGAGAGGCAGUAGGGGGUGAAUUUGUUAGAUACAUUUUAUAGCUUGAGAUUAAGCUGAAUUUAUCCAUGAGCUUCAAUGUGUUUGGGAGCGAUUGAGAUACAUUGGCUAGAUAUAGUAAAAUAUUGUCUGUGUGUAAUGAGAUGAAGUGAUCAGAUUUUAGGGAAAUGUAUGUUAUUUCCGUCGAUUGAUACAUACAGUGGGGAGAACAAGUAUUUGAAACACUGCCGAUUUUGCAGGUUUUCCUACUUACAAAGCAUGUAGAGGUCUGUAAUUUUUAUCAUAGGUACACUUCAACUGUGAGAGACGGAAUCUAAAACAAAAAUCCAGAAUAUCACAUUGUAUGAUUUUUAAGUAAUUAAUUUGCAUUUUAUUGCAUGACAUAAGUAUUUGAUACAUCAGAAAAGCAGAACUUAAUAUUUGGUACAGAAACCUUUUUUUUGCAAUUACAGAGAUCAUACGUUUCCUGUAGGUCUCGACCAGGUUUGCACACACUGCAGCAGGGAUUUUGGCCCACUCCUCCAUACAGACCUUCUCCAGAUCCUUCAGGUUUCGGGGCUGUCGCUGGGCAAUACGGACUUUCAGCUCCCUCCAAAGAUUUUCUAUUGGGUUAAGGUCUGGAGACUGGCUAGGCCACUCCAGGACCUUGAGAUGCUUCUUACAGAGCCACUCCUUAGUUGCCCUGGCUGUGUGUUUCGGGUCGUUGUCAUGCGGGAAGACCCAGUCACGACCCAUCUUCAAUGCUCUUACUGAGGGAAGGAAGUUGUUGGCCAAGAUCUCAUGAUACAUGGCCCCAUCCAUCCUCCCCUCAAUACGGUGCAGUCGUCCUGUCCCCUUUCCAGAAAAUCAUCCCCAAUGAAUGAUGUUUCCACCUCCAUGCUUCACGGUUGGGAUGGUUUUCUUGGGGUUGUACUCAUCCUUCUUCUUCCUCCAAACACCGCGAGUGGAGUUUAGACCAAAAAGCUCUAUUUUUGUCUCAUCAGACCACAUGACCUUCUCCCAUUCCUCCUCUGGAUCAUCCAGAUGGUCAUUGGCAAUACAAUUGUAGACCUGCACAAGGCUGGGAUGGGCUACAGCACAAUAGGCAAGCAGCUUGGUGAGAAGGCAACAACUGUUGGCGCAAUUAUUAGAAAAUGGAAGAAGUUCAAGAUGACGGUCAAUCACCCUCGGUCUGGGGCUCCAUGCAAGAUCUCACCUCGUGGGGCAUCAAUGAUCAUGAGGAAGGUGAGGGAUCAGCCCAGAACUACACGGCAGGACCUGGUCAAUGACCUGAAGAGAGCUGGGACCACAGUCUCAAAGAAAACCAUUAGUAACACACUACGCCGUCAUGGAUUAAAAUCCUGCAGUGCACGCAAGGUCCCCCUGCUCAAGCCAGCGCAUGUCCAGAACCCGUCUGAAGUUUGCCAAUGACCAUCUGGAUGAUCCAGAGGAGGAAUGGGAGAAGGUCAUGUGGUCUGAUGAGACAAAAAUAUAGCUUUUUGGUCUAAACUCCACUCGCCGUGUUUAGAGGAAGAAGAAGGAUGAGUACAACCUCAAGAACACCAUCCCAACCGUGAAGCAUGGAGUUGGAAACAUCAUUCUUUGGGGAUGCUUUUCUGGAAAGGGGACAGGACGACUGCACCAUAUUGAGGGGAGGAUGGAUGGGGCCAUGUAACGCGAGAUCUUGGCCAACAACCUCCUUCCCUCAGUAAGAGCAUUGAAGAUGGGUCGUGGCUGGGUCUUCCAGCAUGACAAUGACCCGAAACACACAGCCAGGGCAACUAAGGAGUGGCUCCGUAAGAAGCAUCUCAAAGUCCUGGAGUGGCCUAGCCAGUCUCCAGACCUGAACCCAAUAGAAAAUCUUUGGAGGGAGCUGAAAGUCCGUAUUGCCCAGCGACAGCCCCGAAACCUGAAGGAUCUGGAGAAGGUCUGUAUGGAGGAGUGGGCCAAAAUCCCUGCUGCAGUGUGUGCAAACCUGGUCAAGACCUACAGGAAACGUAUGAUCUCUGUAAUUGCAAACAAAGAUUUCUGUACCAAAUAUUAAGUUCUGCUUUUCUGAUGUAUCAAAUACUUAUGUCAUGCAAUAAAAUGCAAAUUAAUUACUUAAAAAUCAUACAAUGUGAUUUUCUGGAUUUUUGGCAGAUAAUCGGCAGUGUAUCAAAUACUUGUUCUCUCCACUGUAACUUUCAAAAUACAGAAAUCAUCCCCGUAUGAUGCAUUUUGCAUAUAUGAUGGUGUGUUUUGCAUCAUAUGAUGCAAAAUGCAUCACACGGCGAUGAUUUCUGUAUUUUGAAAGUGACAUAUCUUGAAAACUUGAUUGCUGACAAGCAAAACAUGUUGGGACUUUGUCAACAAUGGAAUAAUGAAACUAAUAUCAAAAUAUCGUUUUUAGGUGGUUUUCCUAUAAGCAGGUAUCUGCUCUAUACUAUGCACAGUAUGGGACCAAAAAUCGGCCCUGGCAUUUCUAACACACCGGCCCAUUCCUUUCCUUGAGGCCUCCAAACUGGCCCAUUAUUUUCCUUGAGGCCGCCAUUAUUAGCCAGAUCGUUAGCAUUUUGCACAAAAAUACAAAAAUUAGACAGGCCCACUGGGAUAGAAAUGGACCAGCACAUCUGGCGUUUGCCCGAAAUGCCAGAUGGCCAAUCCGCCCCUGCGUCUGAAUGUCUCUCUCUCUCCCGCUCUCUCCCUCCCUCUCCCGACUUCUCCCUCUCUCUUUCCCUUCCCUCUCCCUCUCUACUUCUCUACCUCCCUCAUUCUCUCAGGAGGAGACCCUAGCACGUUGUCGUGAGGACGAGGAGAAGCGCAGGGAGAUAACCACUCACUUCCAGAGCACACUGACAGACAUCCAGGCUCAGAUCGAGCAGCAUAGUAACCGCAACAACAAGCUGUGUUUGGAGAACACCAACCUGGCAGACAAACUCAAACACAUCAUCAGCCAGUACGAGCAGAGAGAGGAGGUACACGACAAGAAUACUUAACCUUAACCUCACUGUUACAUGUCUGUAUGUCUGUACACCCUCAUCCUUGGCCUACUAACACCAUGCAUCCGGGCUCCAGUCAUGGAGUCAUUUGAUAACCAAAGCUGUUAUUGAUCAUGAUUAAUCUGUCCCCAAAAGGAACAAACGUCUCUACAGGAAAUAGACACUUGUACCUCAUGUUCAGUGAGAUAGCUGUGACAAAAGAGUUGAGUCAGAUCUUUGAAUAAAGACACUUAGAGGUAUUAUUGCUCCCUACGGACAUCAAUAGUCAGAGAUAUAGCCAGCAAAGGGUGCUCAUUGAAUAACACUAUAGCAUGUCAUAUGUAAUCACACAACAAUGCACCAGGGAAAUGACAAGCCUAAAGUGACGCACGAAAACCAGGAUCUGUCAUGCAGUUGGUUGCCACUGAGGCUGUUGCAACACGUCUGCUGCCCACACACAGCUGGGGCUGGUGUUGUAAAACAUAAGAAGAUUUCAAUUUCUUAUCAUUUGUAUUUUUUUACUAGUGGAGUUUCUAAUAAUUUGUCUUGAGUGCCAUCUGCUGGUUGUAGUCAGUAUAAACACUUAAGAAAAUUUUGAUUAUUCGAUAUCCAAAUAACAUCUGUGUCUUAUUCAAAUAAGUGAUUAGAUCCACACAUUGCAAUGAUGAACAAGCAAUUAUGACUUAAAAUUUAUACAAGUUGAUAUUUGAUUGUUGGAUAAAUGCUGAGAAGAAUUCAGUAUGAAAAAAAAAAUUAUGCACUCACUAACUAUAAGUCGCUCUGGAUAAGAGUGUCUGCUAAAAUGACAAAAAUGUUUUAAAAAAUCCAGAUGGACAUAAAUGAACUCUGCUGCCUUUGGCAGAAAACUUGUGGAUUAUGCCACACUGUUUAUGCAUAUAGAUAUUUUCCAUAGUACAGAAAAUAGAUUAGUCUUACACGCAAAAUAAACAAUAUCUAUAGAAACAAUUAUUUUCCCCAAUUGAACUAAUCUGGGGUCAGUAUUCUUAUCAGAAUGUGUGCCCUGAUAAUACUAAUAAUAAUAAUAAUAAUAAUAAUAAUAAUCCUGAUAAAGACAAUACUUUAUAACCAUUUAAUAAGGCUUUUACAUUUGCCCUCCUGAUAAAUGUGAAACAAUAAUUCAGUAAGUCCCAGGUUUUAAUUGGUUCUCCACCCACUAUUGUGUCUGUUCUCACAGGCAUCAUAAACAGUGUCUGAACUUUCCAAUGAAAGACUGUAGGCAAACAACAAUGGUCUUAAUUACUUAUCAAGGCACAUGUUUAUGACCAUUUCUCAUAGACAGACAUAGGAUAGCAUUGGUGGUUUAAGCUAGAUAAAAUGUGUGAAAUGUAUCCUAAUUGAUUGAGUUAUGACCUGUACAGAAUGUCUCAGAGGCCCUUCUCAAACCAAAGUGUCUAAUCUAGUGUGUCAUCUCACCUUGUCUAUCACUCAGAGCUUGGAGAAGAUCUUCAAGCACCACGACCUGCAGCAGAAGCUGUCUGAUGCCAAACUGGAGAAAGCCAACGCACAGCUGCAGGAGGCUGAGGAGAAGCACAAGAGAGAGAAGGAAUAUGUGAGUUACUAUACUUUAACCAAUUGUUACAGACCUUACCCACAAAGUACUGUAAAGCAAUGUAAAUAUAGUAGAGAAACAUUUGCCUUACUUUUUAUUCUGGUUUACUUUCAAGUCUACAACCAAUAAGUCUUAUUGUGCAUGUGAUGCUCACACAAAUCAGUAUUGUAACCAUUCACUGUCUCUGUUGUUAGCUGCUUAGGGAGGCAAUUGACAAAACAAAGAAAUGCUACACAUUGAAGGAGCAAGAGUUGCAGUUGAAGAAAAAGGUACAUUUGUGCUUUGCGUGUGUUUUGUUUUUAACCAGUUACUGGUACACGCAGCUGAGUGGAAACUACAAGUUAAACUUCUGAGAGAGCAAGAGACAGUCAUGCAGGCUCAGGUGAAUAUAUCCAAUGUGGUGUCAAGCACUCUUAUUCAAACCAUUUCUUUCAGGUCCAAGCCUACCAAAGGCAAGCACAGUCCCAUUAAGGACUGUUAAGGUCCUCUGGAUUGCUCAAUGUGUCGUAAAGGCCCAAUGCAGACAUUUUUAUCUCAAUAUCAAAUCAUUUCUCGGUUACAAUUAAGCACCUUACUGUAAUAGUUUGCCAUUAAAAUUGUAAACAAAAAAAUAGCUUUUUAGCAAAAAACUAUUUCUCAAGCAAGAAUUUUGCUGACUGUUUGGGAGUGAUCUGAGUGGGGCGUGGGAGGGAUAUGUGAUGUGAAAACUAGCUGUUGUUGGCAGAGAGGUUUGGAACUCUCUUUGUUAUUGGUCUAUAUUAACUUAUACCGCCUGGUGAUGUCACCAGGCAAGCUAAAACUCCACCUACGCAAAACCUGCUGAUUAGAAGGUCCUGUGUAGAUUGUAUUUUCAACCAGCAACUAUCAGGAAAUAACACUGAUAACAUAUCUUCACACUUUUACAGUGUUAGUUUUAUCAGCUGUUGUCCAAUAUGAUACAAAACGCAGGAAAACCUGAUUUUUGACUGCACUGGGCCUUUAAAAGACAACUACUCUAUUUCUGUAUAUUUGUCCAUUGGGAUCUAAAGCCCUUCAAUAUCGCCCCAAAACAUUGGCAAAGUGACCUCCUCAUUUGAGAGUAAUCCCAAAUCGGAUUAUCCUCUCUCAUAACUAUAUGGCUUGAUGUACAUAGCACUUGAUAUGAAAGGAAGGAAUACCUGUUAGCUGAGCUGUACACAUUUUUUCUGUACACGGUUAAACCAGCAAAGAGAGUAGUCAUAAUUCCCAUCAUAGCAGCAGGCAAGGCAAGAGCAACUUCCUCUCCCUGAACCAGCAGGAUGACCCACUGCAUCAUGGGAAUACAAAAAAAGCUCUUGCUAUGCAAUUAAUGUGACUAGGAGUCGAUAAAAGUGAUGAUUUCAUCAAUCCAAUGCAGCACUGUUCUUUUUUCUGUUGGAACAUUGAGUGCAUACUCCAGUACCAUUGAUUAUUCCAUUUGAAAAUGAUGAUACAAUUACAAUUGCUAUGUUUAUUGGAUGUGGUACAAUCAUUGUAUGGGUGCAAGUAAAUUAUACAAUGAAAUUAGUUGGGCUGACACACACUAUGUUAAAUGGUAAAUCAUACAAAAAUAAUUUAUGAAUCCAAUGGAAAAGCAUUUAUCGCUGACAGUUUAUAUGGUUAUAAUUAAUUGCAGAGAAACCUUGCCAUUAUUUAAAGCCUUGGGUUUUCUCAAUAGAAAUAUUAGCCUGGCUCCCAACUAAAUCAAAUUACAAAGUAAUAAUAAAACAUAAAUUAUGUUAAUAUUGCAUUUCAGUACCCAUACAAUUCAUCACACAUUUGUACCACGGCAUGUCACAUUUCCAAUCUAAUUAACUGGGAAUGUCAACCUUCAUUUCUCUGUCCAAUAACAGACUUAGAUUUAGAUCACACAAGGAAAUGGCCAAAUCAGCCUUGAGGCAGAAACUGAUCUGUAUCAAGUGAGCUUUUCUGAAAUACAAAACAUAUUCAAGCAAAAGCCUUUCCUCUUUUAUAAAGCGUGUCAAAUCAGUUGUUUUGCUUUUGUGCCAAACCAGUAACUUCCAAAUAAAGACAGUUGAUCUCAACAGGGUGGCUAGCAGAGACAUGUUUGAAUAUUGGAGACAGGCUGUGUGUGCAAUGCUGCUUUCCCCUGAGGGCCUCCAGAGAUUAGCCUGUUAACUCUAGCUGGACAGACUGCCUGGCAAGGCAUACCAACAAUGAGUGGCCUUAUUGGAAGUGCUUAUUUGUCAGGGAAAAUAUACACAGAGAAAAGAUGAGUCAGUCAGCCCCCUCAUGAAUGACCAAAUGUUUGCUGAACCCCCCUGGCUCUUCCUCUCUCAACUCCCUCUAAACUUUAGAACAUUUAUUUCUGGUGUGAAAUAAUGUUAAAAUCAUAGAUCUGAUUGUUCCUGAGGUGAAUAGAUGCAUAUUAUUGCUACAUGUGAAGUCAACAUGCCAUCUCCUGAAAUACAUUUCUGGAUUUCUCUCCUGUUUCUCUGCAGCUUGUUCUGUACUCCCAGAAGUUUGAAGAGUUCCAGACUACGUUGUCUAAGAGCAACGAUGUGUACGCCAGCUUCAAAAAUGAAAUGGAGAAGGUAUUUGGCAUCCUUAAAAUAAAAUCAUCCUUCCUUAAAAUAUACAGUGUAUUUUUAGGGCCAAGUGCUUGGAGGUGAUAUAAGGUCAGCAUAAUCCUGAAAUGAGAAAACAGCUAUAUUCUGGAGGGAUUGAUUGAAGCUUCUAUCAAACAUAUUCAGAAUGAUGGUUACAUUUUCAGAUACGUUUUAACACAACAAACAUAUUGCUUCAUAGAUGACAAAGAAGAUGAAGAAACUAGACAAAGAGUCUAAUGUUUGGAAGACCAGAUUUGAGAGCACUAACAAGGCUCUCUCUGAGAUGAUUGAAGAGGUAACUACUUAUCUAUAACACAUACAAAAGUGUCAGCCUUCAUUCAAAUGAGCUACAACAAGUUUAACUGCAUGAACAACAGUGUCCCUGACUCUCUCUGUUCCACUCUCUUGUCCCACAGAGGACUCUGAAGGAGAAUGAGUAUGAGAUGUUCGUUGUGAAGAUUGACAAGCUGGAGAGGCUCUGCCGAGCACUCCAGGACGAGAGGAAGAUCCUGUACUCCAAGAUCAAAGGCAUCCGCCAAACCCCUAACGCCCCCGAGGGGACACCCAAGGACGAGACACAGGAGCAGGCCCAUGAACCAGUCCACAGCCUCAUGGACAUUGUUGAGGAGCCAGAGAUGACAGAGGAGAUGGCCCGUCUGAGAGCUGAGCAGAACAGGCUGGCGGAAUUCGCCGCCUCCCUACUGGCCCCGUCCACAGGAGACAAUGAUGACGAUGACUCUGACAGCGAGGAAGAGCCAGAGUCUACAGAACCGGCUGAGGCCCAGAAGAUCUCUGAACCAACACAGGCCCCAGAACAAAUACAGGUAGAGGCACCAGCAAAGGCAGAGGAACCAGUACACGCAAAGGCACCAGCACGGGCUCCCUCACAGGUAGAAGCACCAGCACAGGCUCCCUCACAGGUAGAACCACCAGCACAGGCUCCCUCACAGGUAGAAGCACCAGCACAGGCUCCCUCACAGGUAGAACCACCAGCACAGGCUCCCUCACAGGUAGAACCACCAGCACAGGCUCCAGCACAGGUAGAAAAACCAGCACAGGCUCCCUCACAGGUAGAAGCACCAGCACAGGCUCCCUCACAGGUAGAAGCACCAGCACAGGCUCCCUCACAGGUAGAAGCACCAGCACAGGCUCCCUCACAGGUAGAAGCACCAGCACAGGCUCCCUCACAGGUAGAAACACCAGCACAGGCUCCAGCACAGGUAGAAGCACCAGCACAGGCUCCAGCACAUGUAGAAGCACCAGCACAGGCUCCAGCACAGGUAGAAGCACCAGUCCAGCCAGAGACCCCAAAACAGCCAGAGCCCUCUGCCAAGAAGCAGACACCAAAGAAGAAGAAUGCAAGGAAGACCAGCUGA